UUUUCUCUUUCCUCGCAGCCGCGCUGGGGAGCUCGCGGCGCGCGCCCCCUCUACUCGGCCCAAGAUGAAUGCUGCGGCAGAAGCCGAGUUCAACAUCCUUCUGGCCACCGACUCCUACAAGGUUACUCACUAUAAACAGUACCCACCCAAUACAAGUAAAGUUUAUUCCUACUUUGAAUGCCGUGAAAAGAAGACUGAAAACUCCAAAGUAAGGAAGGUGAAAUACGAGGAAACAGUAUUUUAUGGGUUGCAGUACAUUCUUAAUAAGUACUUAAAAGGUAAAGUAGUGACCAAAGAGAAAAUCCAGGAAGCCAAAGAGGUAUACAAAGAACAUUUCCAAGAUGAUGUCUUUAAUGAAAAGGGUUGGAACUACAUUCUUGAGAAGUACGAUGGGCAUCUUCCAAUAGAAGUAAAGGCUGUUCCUGAAGGGUCUGUCAUUCCCAGAGGAAACGUUCUUUUCACAGUGGAAAACACUGAUCCAGAGUGCUACUGGCUUACAAAUUGGAUUGAGACUAUUCUUGUGCAGUCCUGGUAUCCAAUCACAGUGGCCACAAAUUCUAGAGAGCAGAAGAAAAUAUUGGCCAAAUAUUUAGAAACUUCUGGUAACUUAGAUGGUCUGGAAUACAAGUUACAUGAUUUUGGCUACAGAGGAGUCUCUUCCCAAGAGACUGCUGGCAUAGGAGCUUCUGCUCAUUUAGUUAACUUCAAAGGAACAGAUACAGUAGCAGGAAUUGCACUAAUUAAAAAAUAUUAUGGAACAAAAGAUCCUGUCCCAGGCUAUUCUGUUCCAGCUGCAGAACACAGUACCAUAACAGCUUGGGGGAAAGACCAUGAAAAAGAUGCUUUUGAACAUAUAGUAACACAGUUUUCAUCAGUGCCUGUAUCUGUGGUCAGCGAUAGCUAUGACAUUUAUAAUGCGUGUGAAAAAAUAUGGGGUGAAGAUCUAAGACAUUUAAUAGUAUCAAGAAGUACAGAGGCACCACUAAUAAUCAGACCUGAUUCUGGAAAUCCUCUUGACACUGUAUUAAAGGUUUUGGAUAUUUUAGGUAAGUUUCCUGUUACUGAGAACUCAAAGGGCUACAAGUUGCUGCCACCUUAUCUUAGAGUUAUCCAAGGGGAUGGAGUAGAUAUUAACACCUUACAAGAGAUCGUAGAAGGCAUGAAACAAAAAAAGUGGAGUAUUGAAAAUGUUUCCUUUGGUUCUGGUGGAGCUUUGCUACAGAAGUUAACAAGAGAUCUCUUGAAUUGUUCCUUAAAGUGUAGCUAUGUUGUAACUAAUGGCCUUGGGAUUAAUGUCUUCAAGGACCCAGUUGCUGAUCCCAACAAAAGGUCCAAAAAGGGCCGAUUAUCUUUACAUAGGACACCAGCAGGGAAUUUUGUUACACUUGAGGAAGGAAAAGGAGAUCUUGAGGAAUAUGGUCACGAUCUUCUCCAUACUGUAUUCAAGAACGGGAAGGUGACAAAAAGCUAUUCAUUUGAUGAAGUAAGAAAAAAUGCACAGCUGAAUAUUGAACUGGAAGCCGCACCUCAUUAGGCUGUUUUACGAUUGGGUGUGUGCGUGUGUGUGUGUGUGUGUGUGUGUUUACAUGCGUGCAUGCAUGUAUACACCUGUAUGUAUGUAAUACAUAAUGUUUAUUGUACAGAUGUGUGGGGUUUCUUUGUGUUUUAUGAUACAUUAUAGCCAAAUUAUUUGUUGGUUUAUGGACAUACUGCCCUUUUUUUUUUCUUCUUCU